AUGUGGUUGUCAUGGAAACUGGGGCUUGGUCAUGUGUACUCAGCACGUGGGAUCCUGACAGAUGUGCACACUCGUUUUUCAGAUAAGUCAAGCAGCAGAGACCCGACCAGUCCAGCCCCCAGACCAGGGUUAGCACCACUGGAGACGCUGCAGCCUACUCCGCCCACAAGAGCACAGAUCAAAUAUGUUCUCUUCCAUAACUCUAUCCCAUUCGUUGGUUUUGGUUUCCUAGACAACGCCAUCAUGAUAGCAGCUGGCACCCAGAUUGAGAUGUCUAUAGGGAUCACCUUUGGCAUAUCCACUAUGGCAGCUGCUGCCCUCGGCAACCUGGUGUCAGACCUGGCCGGACUGGGGCUGGCAGGCUAUGUGGAGGCCCUUGCCUCCAGGUUAGGGAUGCAGGGCCCUGAUCUCACCCCCAAGCAGGCGGACAUGUGGCAGACCAGAGUCAGCUCUCACAUGGGUAAGGCCAUUGGAGUGACGAUCGGCUGCAUCCUGGGGAUGUUUCCCCUCUUCUUCCUCAGCGAUGAUGACGAGGAGGAGAAGAAGAAGAAGAAAGCAGCCCUAACAACCACAAACCCCUAGGUCCUGCUACCACCAUGACCCCUGACCCAGCCCGUCUCAUACACAGGAACCAGACCACAAGCUACAGUGACCUGGUUCAAGACUACACUCCCACAGGGGGCCGUGUUUAAAGACUACAAUUCCCUACAGUGACCUGACCGAAUGUCCAUCUUGGAGUCUCUAAUUAUGCAAAGUGGAAGACGACACAAGAAAUGAACUGUACAAAACGAGAGAAAAGUCGAACGAUUACCUGCUACCUCCAUAGGUCUUUGUGAUGUUGUCAUUGAAGAGAUUGCAUGAAGUUAUCU